CGUGUGAGCAAUGGUCAUGCCCCUGUGGCGUGGCUAAGCUGAUAAAAAGGAGGAGCAGCAAGAGAUCUGUGGAGGACAAAGGGUCCCGUCCUGAGGCUUUCCACACCACUUAUCAGCUAAGAUGGCACUGAUUCUGGUUGCCUUUGCGCUUGCUGCAAUUCCAACAGCCUACUGCUAUUCCGCUACUUUCCAAGACCUGAGUGGGGCUAAUGCGAACAGGACCUCCAUUAAGUUCCUGGCAUUUGGUGACUGGGGAGGUGUGCCUUACCCUCCUUAUAGGACUGUGGUACAAAAGGCCACUGCUCAUGAAAUGAAUAAAGUAGCAGAGCAGAUGGGAGCUGACUUUGUUUUGGCCCUUGGUGAUAAUUUCUACUUCAAAGGUGUGGACAGAGUGGAUUCUCCGAGAUUUAAGGACACCUUUGAGGCUGUGUACACAGGAAAGUCCCUCAAUGUCCCCUGGUAUGUUCUAGCUGGCAAUCAUGACCAUGCAGGAAAUGUCAAUGCCCAGAUUGAAUAUUCAAAGAAAUCUACAAGAUGGAACUUCCCUUCCUACUACUAUGAGCUGGACUUUCGCAUCCCGAACACAGACAAGACGCUGACCAUCAUCAUGCUUGACACCGUGAUGCUGUGUGGCAACUCUCUCGAUUUUGUGAAUGAGAAGCUCAAAGGCCCCUUGAGUGUAGAGGAUGCAAACCGCCAGCUGACAUGGCUGGAGAAAAGAAUGGCUCAGUCUAAGGCCAAUUUUCUCCUGGUGGCCGGUCACUACCCGGUGUGGUCAGUGUCCGAACACGGGCCCACAGAUUGUCUCCUGCAGGGCGUUCGCCCCCUCCUGCUGAAAUACAACGCCACUGCCUACUUUUGCGGCCAUGACCACAAUCUGCAGUACAUUGAGGAGUCUGGGGUGGGCUACGUAGUGAGCGGCGCUGGAAACUUCCUGGACCCGGAUAUCCGCCACUGGAACCAUGUCCCCAAAGGUUCCGUCAAGUUUUUCACUGGCCAGGCGUCCACGCUCGGUGGCUUUGUUCAUGCAGAAGUGACACAGAACAAGAUGAUGCUCACCUUUUACCAGGCUAAAGGCACUUCUCUCUAUCGCACAGUGCUCUCACCAAGGAAUGGCAUAUAGAUGACUAAGGAGUUUCACCUUUGCAUCCAAAUUCUGCAUGGUUUGAAUCUCUCUCUCUCUCUCUCUCUCUCUCUCUGUUUAUCCUCUCUGACCUUUGCAAUCUAAUUUUAUAGAAGGAAUCAAUUUUUUAUAUCUUGGUCUGAGGUUUUGAGGGGAACCCUGAAAUGAUCUGAAAUAAACGGCCUUUGCGCUAAGACUGCAAGGGUUCUGUAUUAAUGAGCAUUGUGACCGAUUAUAACUGAUGAACUGUUUUCAAUGUAAACAAGUCUAAAUUCUACUCUCAGCGUUGUUCAUGAAAAACUGGAAAAAUAUGACUCGCACUACUUGUCAUGUGCUUUCUGAUGAAGAGAGUGAAAGAUAAUGGUGGAUUGACCUUCUGCCAUCGAUUCAGGCAAGGAUUUGUAUAAUGGAAGCCUUGGAUACGCUCAAGAAAAAAAUGUAUGCAUGAAUUAUGACUGACAAGAUAAACCAGUUGCUCUCUGUA